AUAUUCUAUACAACUUCGUUCCUCUAUCGAAAUGAUUAUUUUUGGUGUUGUUAAGUAAAUUCGAUUUAAAAUUAAUCAAUUUCUUCCAUAGAUAAGGAUUUUUAAUAACAAUUAACCAUGAAAGUUAUAAUUGAACUCGAAGAAUGCCUUCAGGAUUCCCCAAAAUUCAGAUCUGCACUUCAACAAAAUGAAGAUGAUAUAGAUCAGCUUGAACAAAAAUUAGAAAAGUUAAUUAAAUUAUGUAAUAAUAUGGUAGAAACUGGAAAAUCUUUUAUAGCAUCAAAAAAUUCUUUUAUUAAUGGAAUUUGGGAGAUGGUGGUUUAUUUCAAAGAAGAUUUGCCUAUUGUUAGUGCUCUUAGCAAGCUCAACCAAGCAAUGACUGAACUAACAAAGUAUCAUUCAAUUCUUAUUGAUCAAGCGCAGAGAUCAGUUGGAAAAAAUUUACAAAAUUUUGUUAAGAAUGAUAUAAGACAAGCAAAGGAAUCAAAACGUUACUUUGAAAAAAUUGGAGAUGACUUAGAUAAUGCUUUAAUUAGAAAUUCUCAAGCUCCUCGAAGUAAAACACAUGAAUGUGAAGAUACAAGUAGCAUACUAGCAGCUGUUAGAUCUUGCUUUCAACACACAGCUCUAGAUUAUGUAUCUCAAUUAAGCUGUUUGCAAUCAAAAAAGAGAUUUGAAAUCCUUGACACAUUUCUCUCAUUAAUGCAUGCAUAUAGUACUUACUUUCAUCAAGGUUGGGAUCUGUUUCAAGAUGUUGAUCCUUUUCUUAAACAUCUUGCAGGAACAUUAGCAGAUUUAAAUGAAGAAACAACCAAAAUGGAAAAGCAGUUAGAUGGUCGACAUACUUUAGUUACUUCUAAAGAUAUUGUACCAGUUUUGAUAAGAGAUGAAAAUUUAUCAAAUGGCAUUAAAUUAGAGGGAUAUUUGUUUAAGCGUACUUCAAAUGCUUUUAAAACAUGGAACAGAAGGUGGUUUGCAAUUCGAAAUAAUCAAUUAGUUUAUAGAAAACGAAGUAAUGAUGAUAUACCAACUAUAAUGGAGGAGGAUCUCAGGCUUUGUUCUGUUAAAAUAGCAACUGAUAUUGAUCGUCGAUUUUGCUUUGAAGUAUUAUCACCAACAAAAAGUCACAUGCUUCAAGCUGAUUCUGAAGAAACUUUUCAGCAGUGGGUUUCUGCAUUACAAGAAGGAAUUGACUGUGCAAUAAAUCAUGUACCUCAUGAAGAUAAUGAUAAUAAAUGGCAAGAUGAAAAACAAGAAACGCAAAGUAAUUCUGAUAGUUCAUUAAGUAUCAAUGAGUCCAAACUUACAGCACCUGUGAAACCCCCAAGAGCUCAUAGUCAAAUCCUUUCAAUUCCUGGAAAUGAACUGUGUUGUGACUGCAAAUCUCCAGAUCCUCGCUGGGCCAGUAUUAAUUUAGGAAUUACAUUAUGUAUUGAAUGCUCAGGAAUUCACAGAAGUUUAGGUGUCCACGUUUCAAAAGUGCGUUCACUAACUUUAGAUACUUGGGAACCAGAAAUUCUUAAAGUGAUGGCAGAACUUGGUAACACAAUAGUGAAUCGCAUUUAUGAAGCUAAUGUUGACACUUCUGUAGAGCGUGCAACUCCUGAAAGCUCCAGAAAUAUUCGAGAAGCUUGGAUCAAAGCCAAGUAUGUAAAAAAACAGUUUGUGAAACCGCUGCCAGGUGUCGAUUCUUCCAUCGUUGACACCAAUGUACAAGGAUCUGAUACAAAUAAGAUUAUUCGUAAUGUACCUCAGAGAUGGAGUGUCCGCAAAGUGCAUAGACGCCGUCGAACGGUUUCUGCUUUAAAGAAGAAAGAAAAUCAAGAAGAAAAUACAGAAAAAUCAUUAUCUGAUACUCCUAAAGAAAAUUCUUCAGAAAUAUCAAAUAAAGAACCUGAAUCUAUAAUCACAAUAAAUAAUAAAAAUAAGGAAUACAACAAUCAAAACAGUGAUGCUGAUAAUAAAACAUUGGAAGACGUAUUAAUUUUUGGGGAAACCGAGGAUGUAAUUCAUUCAAAUUUAGAUUUUGAUAGUGCUGAUGAAUCUCCUACAAUUGAUGAAGUAGAAGACACAUUAGAAGAUAUUUCUAAGUUACAUCCAGACCUCCUUUUAUAUAGAGCUGCUGCAGCACAUAAUCUUCCUGUCAUGUGUGAAGCAUUUGCUCAUGGUGCUAAUCCAAAUUGGAAAAAUAAGGAAGAUAAUGGAAAAUAUCCUCUUCAUCAAGCAAUUCAAAGUGGUUCGAUAAUGGCUUGCGAGUAUCUGUUGUUAAACAGUGCAAAAUGCAAUAAUCAAGACGACAACGGACAAACCAUAUUGCAUUUGGCCACUACGUUUGGACAUACGGGUCAAGUUUGUUUGCUGUUGAAGAGAGGUGCAGAUCAAAGCAUGUUGGAUGCAACUGGUAAAAAUGCUCUUGCAUUAGCUAUGCAGGAUGCUAAUGCAGAUAUUGUCACUUUAUUACGAUUAGCUAAGUUAAAUGAAGAAAUAAGAAGAGACGAAUUUGGAAAUCCAGGAGACGAAACGUUCAACGAAGUCGUAAAAGAUUUCUCGCACAUGGCUUCGCAUAAUCCCGAGAAGCUUCGUCGUCCUCCCACUACCACAGAGUAGUUUCGUAAUCCGCUUGUAGCCUCGUUUUUAAUAAGAUUGCUCAUUAUUAUGCCAAAUAUAAUUUAUUUGCGUCGGUUAAUUUACCGAGCGAUACUUGUGCUAUAUAGACUACGGAGAUUAGAAAAACCCCCAUUAAAAAAUUCAUUUUACAAUCAAAUUUAUAAAUCUCAUUACCGCAACCCCCGGUGUUUCGAACAACCUUUAUGUAUAUUUGGCCAAAUUUAUUGAUGUUUUGUGCCAUCAGUAUUCAAUUUGACAUUCCAUGUUCUAAAAUAUUUUGCCAUAUAUAUUUAAUCCAGUACUUAUUUGUUUACACUUGUAAAAAUUCAGUAUUACUGUUGUUUUUUUAGAUCAAAUUUUGAUGCCCGUAUUACGAUUGUGAUAGUAUGUAUAUAAAUUUUACUUUGUACAGCACCUAGCUCGAUGUCUUUUCCUUCCGUAGACAAAAUUUGUUGCUACAAGCGUGCUUUGACUUUUUAUGUCGUCCCAGACCUUCGCACGAAAAAUAGAGAUCAUGUUAAAUAUGUAUAAACCAAAACAAUAGAGCUUUAAUAAAAAG